AUGAGCUCGGAAAUGUCUGACUCCACCGAGUUGGCCGAAAUGCCUCUGGAAAUGAUUCGUGAAAUGAAGAGAAAAGCAUGCGAAAAGCUCUCGUCGCUUAUCCGGAGCAUAUCAUCCGCUUCAUCCCCGAAGAAGUCCAAACGAAGCUGCUUAUCGUUUUUAACCUACAAGGCUCUGAUCAAAUCAUACAAGUUCGAAUUAUGGGCUGGAAAUGAAAUCACUCCUCGUGAGCUAGCCGUUCAUGGUUGGGAAUGCAGAGCUCGUGAUCAAGUACAGUGCAUCGCUUGCAAACAAUUUCUGUGCACCUCUGUCCCGAAAAUCACGGAAGUCGAUAUCAACGUGUACAGUAAAUGUAUGAGGCGGGUCCGCGAGAAAAUUGUGAGUUCGCAUGUGCUCACAUGUAUAUAUAGAUCGGAACCAUUAGAAUUCAAGCAUGAUGUAGACGAAGAUUUCUUGGAUGAUGUGGUUCGGCCAAGGAUAUCUUCGUUCAAUAAAGAGGGUUUGAAGUUGAACAUGAGUAUCCCAGACGAUGUAAGUCGAAGCGAGGCGGAAACGGAGAGUCCAUUAUCACAUGAAGCUUUGAUAGCAUCGUCCCUAGGUUGGUCUGUGGAGACUGAGAAAUUGGCAGGAAAAGAACAUUUCGUAGCCGUGUGCGACUACUGCGCAAGAGAUUUUGUUCUUGGGUUAGUUAUUGUUUUGAAG